GUAACUGGUGCGUGAUGUGUGAUGAUAUGAGAGUUACUUUCACUUUAGACGUCUUUCUUUAAAGCAAACAGUUUUUAUCUGAAGGUCUGUUUUAUUUUUACCAGUUUUACUCAUCAUCAUCAUCAUCAUCAUCAUCAUCAUCAUCACAUUAUCAUGAAUUUGAUGGGAGACGUGCAACACAAACCAACCCAGUGCCACAUCAACAUCUCAGGGUUUGAUGAUGAUGAUGAUGAUGAUGAUGAUGAUGCUACAGACAAAGGCAUCUCGCAGCCUGAAGUCACAUGUCUCUGCUGCUAUGACGUGUUGCUGGAUCCCACCACGCUGAGCUGCGGUCACAGUUUCUGUCGUCACUGCCUCGCCAUGUGGACGCAGUCCUGCAGGAAGGCCAUGUGUCCGACCUGCCGCAGGACCUGGCACAGCUUCCCCAAAGUCAACAUCUCCUUCAGGGAUCUGGUGGAGAAACAUUUCCCGGCCGAAGUGGAGAGAAGACGACGGAGCAUCAUGGCUGACCCGCAGGUCCUUCGGUCUCUGCAGGUGCUGGAUCAAGCUGAGCGUGUGAUUCGCUGUCGAGCAGCUCCGCCCCCUGUGCGCUGGAACCCCUGGCUGGAUCCCAGAGGAUUCUUUUCAGGAAUUAUUAUUACCCUCACCUUCACUGCUGUGGUGUUUCUUGUAUAUUAUUGGAGUGCAGGAGAUCUGAAGGUGGAACGUCUGGUGAAGAAGCCGCUCAGUACGUGGACACCUGAUGAGGUGGCUUUGUGGAUGGAGAACAUGGGAACAUGGACGUCUCCUUACAAAGACAUGUUCCUUAGAGAGCAGGUUAAUGGCAGGUUGUUGAAUGCUCUGGGAGAACAGGAUUUGUUAAAGCCUCCAUAUGGAAUAGAGAAUGAGCUCCACAGACGUGCGUUACUGAAAGAAGUUUUUCGACUUCAGGAGCUCGGCUUCAAAUGGCCUCAAAAUCUCUGGGAGUACAAGGCAGUAAAUGGAGGAAAGUCUUUAUUUCUCCUUUACAUCAUGACCGACUCGCCUCGUCUCGCCUUCCUCUACAUGUACCUCUUCGAUUAUUACGAUUUGUUUCUGCCCUUCAUUCACAUCAGCUGUCCAUCAGCACAGAAGAAAAGUUCAGAAGAUGAUGUACCCUUCAGGAACCUGGACAGCCCUGACAGUAGACAGUGGUUGUCGUUUGCGGUGCAGUUUUUCCUCCUGCCCUAUCAGCUGUGUUAUGAUUUUGUGUGGAAUUGGCAGGACAUUCAUUACUGGACAACACGCUUAGUCAUGUGGAAUUGUUUUCUGCUCACACUACGUGAAGGACAAAUACUGUGGAGUCUCCGAAGCCACGUUAAUCUCCGGACAAUCCUGAGCAUAUUCACCUGCCAUGUGGGAAUCACUGGAGCGGUCUGUCUCACAGGACUGCUGUUCUGGAACAUUCUACAUCAGUUUAUUUGGGACUGUGUCUUUUAUUGGGCUCUUUAUUUCGUCCCCAUUGGCAGUACAAUCACAGUUCUGGUUCCCUUUCUGCGACAACUAUGUCCACAUUUAUAUAAUCAACAAUAACACACACACACACACACACACACACACACACACACACACACACACACACACACUGACAUACACACACACACACUCACACACAAACACCAAACACACACCCACUCACACACACACUGACAUA